AUGACGCUGGUCGACCAUCAUACCUUCUUGAAACAACUAACGGCUCUGUUCGAGUCGAAGAAGGAUCAUGGGUCGAUAUGGCUCACCCAUAAACGAUUGACACACGAUGGCGAGGAUUCAGCCAUGAAGCACGAGGAAGGCGAUACGUCUGCCGACACACGAGAGUACGAAUGCCUCAUCCGAGUGACCGAUGGAAAGACGACUCGGUUUUCGACGAAGGUCACCGCGUCUGAACUCCCAAAAUUCUACUCGCAAUACGGCACGCUCCUCAAAUCCUCCCUAACAUCUCUGCGGAAGCGCGACAAAAAACGAGAGAAGCUCCGUCAAGAGGAGGCUACCAAGCGGAAGAAAAAGAUGACGGAGCCUGUCGAGCUUACUGGUAGCAAGCGGGGCAAAGGGAGGCGGGCGAGGCAGAGGCAGAUUAAAGCGAUGUUGAAGCAGCAGGAGUCGCAGAAAAGGUUUCAGGAGAGAGAGGAGGCGAGGAAGAAGAGCGAAACUAUAUGA